AACGCCUCCGGGCUACCAUGUCAUCGCCACGGCUGAGUUUCACAUUUUUUGUAGUGACACGGGAUACAAGCAGGCAUCUGACAGCGCACAUAACACCAAUGCCAUGCUGCUGCUUAGACGCUGCCAACGUCUAACUGGAUGUGGUUGCCUCACUCCUCAAAGAGCUCAAGCGUCACCUGCAGCGGCGUUGAGUGCGGUUCGUCUCGCGAGCGGUAGCAGCCAUGACCAGAGGUCGGAGCACCCUGGACACAGUCCCAGCUGGAGGCAAGCCUUAGCGGGUCUGCUGGCCGGCACAGGAGCUGUACUGGCUUAUGGUCUCCACCACCACAAGGCGGAGCAGACAGACGGCAUUAGCGUUCACGCCAAAGCACAGACCUCUCCUCUUCCCAUCUUCAGCCAAGAGGAGGUUACAAAGCACCGCACCUUGCAAGAUGGUGUGUGGGUCACUUACAAAGGCAGCGUCUAUGACAUCACUGAGUUUGUCACAAUGCACCCUGGUGGGGAUAAAAUCUUGCUGGCAGCAGGAGGCGCCCUGGAACCCUUUUGGGCUCUGUAUGCAGUGCACAACCAGGAGCACGUGCUCGACAUCCUCUCUGAAUACAAGGUUGGCGAGCUGAAAGCAGAGGAUCAGAAGAAGCAGCAGAACUUGACAUCAUCAGAUCCUUACUCCUCCGACCCCGAGCGUCAUCCUGUCCUGCGUGUCAAUAGCCUGAAGCCCUUCAACGCAGAGCCCCCUCCUGAAAUCCUCUCUGACAGCUACAUCACACCCUCUGCUUUCUUCUUCAAGAGGAACCACUUGCCCGUUCCUCAGGUGGACCCUGCGUCAUAUGAGCUGCAGGUGGAGGGACUCCCUGGAGGAGUUCUGCGACUUUCAUUGGAGGACUUAAAGAGCCGCUUCCCAAAGCACACGCUCACAGCCACGCUGCAGUGCGCUGGAAACCGGCGCUCUGAGAUGAACACAGUCAAGCAGGUGAAAGGACUUAACUGGGGCAUCGCUGCAAUCAGUAACGCCACGUGGGGCGGUGCUCGCCUCAGGGAUGUGCUGCAGGCGGCUGGCUACAGUCCAGAUGUGGCCCAGUGGGCUCGGCAUGUUCAGUUUGAGGGACUGGACAAAGACUUGACCGGGACAACUUAUGGUGCUUCUAUUCCUCUAAAUAAGGCCGUCAGCGAGGAAGGUGACGUGCUGCUGGCUUAUGAGAUGAACGGCGAGGCUCUUCCGGCCGACCAUGGCUUCCCUGUGCGGGUCGUGGUGCCGGGAACGGUGGGUGCCCGGAACGUCAAGUGGCUCUCCAAGAUCACAGUCAGCGCAGAGGAGAGCAGCAGCCACUGGCAGCAGAACGACUAUAAGGGCUUCUCCCCCGCCACUGACUGGGACACAGUCGACUUCAAGUCAGCUCCGGCCAUCCAAGAGCUGCCCGUUCAGUCUGCUAUCACCACACCCACAGAUGGCACUGUGAUCUCCCGCAGCAGCGAGGAGCUGACGGUGAAGGGCUACGCCUGGAGCGGCGGAGGACGAGAAGUGGUGCGUGUGGACGUGUCUCUGGAUGGAGGGAAGACGUGGCAGGUGGCCCAGCUGAGGGUCAGCGACAAGGGGCAAGAUCCAGAAGUUUCACCCCCUCCUGGGAGAGCUUGGGCCUGGAAGCUCUGGGAGCUCACGGCCCCGCUUCCUCCAGAGGCUCACCAGCUGGAAAUAGUCUGCAAGGCCGUGGACAACAGUUACAACAUGCAGCCUGACACGGUUGCUCCCAUCUGGAACCUGAGAGGGGUGCUGAGUAAUGCCUGGCACAGGGUGAAGGUGAAGAUCAGUGACGAUGAGGAAUAAACCUCAUAAAUCUCUCGCGAAAUGAUGAAGGUGCGUUGUGCAGUUACGUUCUCCGCAGUAUUUAGAGGAGUGAAGCGACUAAGCCAAACAUGUCAGCCACACUUAAAUGGAAUUAUGCUUCUAUUAUUUUUAUUUCUUUCAAAGAAAGGUCUACCAAGCACUUGAAUUUCAACAAUGUACUAGUAGUAAGAUUUAAUUGAACUAAUGUAAUGACAUUGUAAAAAGACAUGGCUUACCGGUCAUUUUGUGUCUUCUUAGCAUUUCCACUUGUUAAGUCAUGUAGCACAGUGGUUCCCAAACUUUUUACAGUCACGUACUCAGGCGCACUCAUAAUUGUGAGUGUUACACGGUAAUUGUUUUUAUUUUUAUUCAUGUACCCCCGAUGACAAUUGGUGUACCUAUGGGGGUAUGCGUACCCCACUUUGGGAACCUAUGAUGUAGUACAAUUGUCUGGAUUGAUCUCACAUGCAAGUAUUUAGUAGGAGCAGAACAUGACAAAACGCAUUGGAAUAGUAAAGCUCGAUAUAUGCUCAUUAUUAAACUUUUUCUUUUAUUUUUUGUUAUUGAUAUGACAAUUAUCCUGCAAAGACAAUUUGCUGACUUGUGGAAUAACAAACCAGUUAGCACUGGGAGCUGUGUUUUUAGUGGGAAAUUAUUAUGCCAAUAAUGAAUAAAUCAUUUCAAUUUUG